UAGCAACAACCUCAUUGGUUUCAUCCCCCACUCUCUGGCUAACUUAAGUAAACUAGAGAUUCUCUAUUUGUAUCAGAAUCAAUUAUCCGGUCCGCUACCUUCAGAAAUUGGAGACAUGAAAAAUCUGGUUGACUUGGAGAUUUCUCAAAACAAACUCAGCGGUCAAAUCCCUCAUUCUCUAGCUAACUUAAGUAAACUAGAGAGUCUCUACUUGCAUGAGAAUCAAUUAUCCGGUUCGCUUCCUUCAGAAAUUGGAGACUUGAAGAAUCUAGUUGACUUGAAUAUUGCUCAAAACAAACUCAGCGGUCCAAUCCCUCAUUCUCUGGCUAAUUUAAGUAAACUAGAGGCUCUCAGUUUGUUUGAAAACCAAUUAUCUGGUCCCAUACCUCAAGACUUAGGUAGCCAAGCAUCCAUUGUAAUAAUUUAUAUGUCUAACAACCUUUUAUUUGGAAGCUUACCACAACAAAUAUGCCAAGGACGAUCACUUCAAAAAUUAACGGUUGACAACAAUAGUCUCAUGGGUCCUAUUCCAGAUUUGAGAAAUUGCACAAGUUUGAGUAGAGUUCGACUUGAAAACAACCUAUUUGUAGGAAAUAUAACAAACAGUUUUGGUGUACAUCCACAUCUUUAUUACAUUGAUAUGAGUCACAAUAGACUAUAUGGAGAGCUUUCACCAAAUUGGGGAGAAUGUAAGAAUUUGUCAGUGCUAAAGAUUUCUGGAAACAAUAUUAGUGGAAAGAUACCAUCUGAGGUUGGUCAGCUAACUCGACUUGGACUACUUGACCUUUCUUUCAACAAACUUUUUGGAGAAAUACCAAAGGAACUCGGUAGCUUAUCCAGUUUGUUCAACUUAUAUUUAAAUGACAACCAGUUUUCAGGGCAUGUACCAGUGGAAAUCGGCAAAUUAAUCAAUUUGGAGCAUCUAGACUUAUCAUCAAACAUGCUAACUGGAUCAAUCCCCACCCAACUUGGUCAAUGCUCCAAACUGUUGUCAUUAAAUUUGAGUUGUAAUUCAUUGAAUGGAAGCAUUCCAUCUCAAAUUGGAGAUCUAGUAUUCCUACAAAUUCAAUUGGACCUUAGUCAUAACUCAAUCAGUGGACUGAUACCAUCACAGCUUGCACAGUUGGUGAUGUUGGAAAUUUUGAAUCUAUCCCACAAUAUAAUCACAGGUUCCAUCCCCCUUUCUCUCGAAGAUAUGAUUAGCUUAGAAUCUCUUGAUUUGUCCUAUAAUCAGUUGGAGGGUGUUGUUCCUAACAAUAGGGUUUUCAGACAUGCUGCUUCACCACAAGCAUUUAGAAACAACAAAGGGUUAUGUGGUGAACUUCAAGGUCUACUUCCCUGCAAUCGAUCUCGUACAAGUAAGGGAUAUGGUAAAAAUGGACACAAAGUCCUCAUAUCCAUCAUUGCUUCUUUGAUAGGAACUGUGUUCCUAGCAUUUGCAACUAUUGUUGUUCUUUUCCUCUUGCGAAAAAAAGUGAAAAAAGGAAAUGUAGAAGCAAUAAGAAGAAACCAUGGAAAUAUAUUUUCAAUUUGGAAUUUCGAUGGCAAGAUUGCUUAUGAGGACAUAAUUCAAGCAACAGAGGAUUUUGAUGCCAAAUAUUGCGUUGGAGCUGGAACUUAUGGGAGUGUUUACAAAGCAAUCCUGCCUACAGGUCAUGUAGUAGCCUUGAAGAAGUUCCAUCCAUUGGAAGGUGAGGUGAUAGUUGAUGAAAGCUUUGGGAAUGAGAUGUGUGUAUUAACAAAUAUAAGGCAUCGGAACAUUGUCAAACUUUAUGGGUUCUGCUCUCAUCCACGAUGCAUGUUUCUUGUUUACGAGUACAUGGAAAAAGGAACCUUAGCAAAUAUCUUGAGCAGUCAAGCAGAGGUUGUGGAGUUGGAUUGGAUGAAAAGAGUAAAUGUCAUCAAAAGUGUGGCCAGUGCUUUGUCUUACUUGCAUCAUGAUUGUAUUCCACCAAUAAUUCAUUGGGAUAUUUCAAGCAAAAAUAUAUUGCUGGACUUGGAACUUGAGGCUUGUGUAUCUGAUUUUGGUAUUGCACGACUGUUAAAGCCAGACUCACCUAAUUGGACGUCACUCAAAGGAACUCAUGGAUAUAUUGCUCCAGAGCUUGCUUACACCAUGGCUUUAACUGAUAAAUGUGAUGUAUAUAGUUUCGGAGUAUUGAUAUUGGAAAUAAUUAUGGGAAGACAUCCAGGGGAGCUCAUCUCAUCUUUAAGGUCACCAGUUGGCCAAAAGAUGCUAUUAAGGGACAUGUUAGACCCACGUCUCACCUUUCCAUCAGAUCAAAAGGUUGCAAAGGCUGUGGUUUCUGUUGUGAGAAUAGCAAUUGCAUGUUUACGCAAUCACCCACAAUCCCGCCCAACUAUGCAUCAAGUAUCAAAAGAGCUACUUGGUCACCGACCAUCAUUUGUGGAGCAUUUUUAUACAAUUACUGUAGAUGACCUAAAUGAUAUUGAAGUACAAUACUUGUGAUCGAUGAUUCA